GGCAGGGAAGUUGAGGCCUAGGGCUGCCCCUUUGUCCUCCUCCUUCCCAGCCCCAGAGGGGGUUGUGAAAUCCCCCCCGGGGCGAGGGGCUGGCUAUAAAGCAGCCCUGGCACGGCUCGGGGUGGGUGGCGAGGAUGCGGCUGCUGCUGCUGGCCCUGCUCCUGCUCCUGAGCAGCUCGGUGCCGGCGGGCGGUCUGUCUCUGGAGAGCCUGCUGACCAACAUGAGGUGCAAGUGCAUCAAAUCCACCGCCCACGUCGUCAACCUGGGGCUGAUCCUCACCAUCGACGUUACCCCGCCGGGCAUUCACUGCAGGAGGAAGGAGGUCAUCCUCACCCUGAAGAAGAACAGGCGGGUGUGCGUGGCCCCCGAGGCGCCCUGGAUCCAGCUGCUCAUCCACAAGCUGAUGCAGAGGAACGGCAUCAAAAAAGCGCUGCCGCGGCUGCGGCGGGAAGCACCGUGCUGCCGGAGCCCUUGGAGACCCCCCACCCCGUCCCUCCCACUGGCCACAUCCCAGGAAUCCCCGGUUAUGAAUCCCUCGUGGGACAGCAGUGACACAACCCCCCUGCCCUGAGACACGCUGGUUGAGUGGCACAGCGCUCUGCUCCCGGGGUUUUGGGGGGCAGGAGCCUUUCCCUGCUUUCCCCUCAGGCACCCGCUGCUUCCUUCCCUUUCGGGUGCCUGCGCUGUUCCCGCACACAACCACAGCCCAUCCCGGUGGGUGGCACCAAUAAAAGGAUGAAUG